UUUCCUAUUGUUCAUAUUCCUGUGCUUUUUAUUGUAUUAUGUUUCCAGCUUUAGUCUCUAUCCUCCAUUCCAAAUAUUGUACAUAACGUGAAUUUGCUCCUCAUCAUCGAUAGAUGUCGUGCGCAGUCCUCGGCGGUCGGAAUUAGAUCGUGAGCGUCAUUCGUGAUAUGCGAUAAAUACAUAAAUUAUAUCGUUGAUAACUUUCUCAUCGCCAACGUCACAUGAUCUCCAGUGCGAGUUCGUUGUUUCCCUUGAAUGGUGAUAUAUUUCAGCUUGUUUGACUUUACAUCAUUUGCAUCCAUUUCACGUCGCCGCGGCCAGUUGCGGCAACAUUCACACUUAUAUCACUGUCAUCGCUGUGCGACACUGUGCGACCAGUGUGAUUGGUCGCCUGUGUGUGUGUAUGUGUGUGUAUGUGGUGUGUGAGCGACCGAAUCUCGUAUUCUAGUUGAAAGAGAAGUGAGUAUAUACAACCAAUGUGUAUGUGUGUGUAUAUAUAUAUACAUUAAAGAAAGAGAAAGAGAGAGUGAGAAUGUGAACUAUAAGAAGGAGGGAGAAGUUGCCCGAUCUUGCACUCGCACAGUCGCGAAUCCAAUCUCGUUUCGACUUCUUUGGGGGGAACCACGUGGUCCAUCCGGACUACCCGAAGUGACAGUGGGUAUUCGACCGUGCGCGAAAGUUGACGUGUGUCGAGGUGUUUUCUCCAUAGAUUUGUUGAUUUAUUCCUCAUGAAAACAGAUCGUGACUCGCAACUGUGCGCCUCUGGAACAGCUUUGGGAAAUAAACGAACAAGCGAAUGAUCGAACGUGUCUCUCCUGCGAUACCGGUGCGCUUUUCACUGAGGUGAUAAUUGUUGCGACGUCAAGAUGAACGGCAUGGAUAGAAUGGCUCGUUGCAACGAAGAAUUUUUCCUGCAGCCGCUGCAACCAGUGCACACGGGUCAAUCAACUCACUCUACCACCGUUAUUUCGACGUCUCCCGUGACGCCGACGGCAACGUGUGUUAUCACCGCGGCCGACAAGGUCACUGCCAUUAAUACCAGUUCUAUUCACGUGCCAGGUGUCGAAUCAGCUGGUAGCCCUACUACCACCUCGCCGCCGUCUCCGCUGGACUCCCGUAUACCGAGGCCAUCGCCGUCGGCUCUGCGUCGUGCCGCGAGCUUGCGCUUGCGCGGCGAACGUCUACCACCACAUCAUCCACGAUCCACCACUGCCGCUGCAGCCAGCACGGCCCUGCUCGGCCACCAACAUCAUCCCCGUCGUCACAACCACCUCCUGCAAUCGUCGCAGCAGCAUCAACAUCCGGAUUAUUGUAUUUUCCCGGUCAUCACGGAGAAUGGAACUGACUCGCCGCGACAACGAUCCUUCAGUCUCUCACUGACACCGGUGAGGCCGCGGCCAGGUCACGCGGCCUCUGGAGGAACAACAGCAGCGGGAAUCAACGAUGACAGUGAUGCCGAGAGCGUGAAGAGUUAUAGCAGUGCUUGCAGCACAGCGAGCGCCUGCGAGCAUGCCUCCUUUGCAUUGAAUGGCACCACCUGGUCUGGUCGAUCGCGAAAAUAUGUCGUGCAUUGCUCGAAUUAUGUCGGCGAUAACGAACAGUACCUCACGCCUACCCAGAGAGCGGCUAAACAAGUCCGAAAGUUUCAGGCUCUGUUGAAGGAAGCGCGCAAGGAAAUCGAUGAGAAGGAUCGAGAAAUCUUGCGUUUGACGAAGGAGGUCGUAGAGUUGAGGUUGUACAAGGCCUCUCUGAACAGUCCGCUUACCGUGCGUGAGAACAAUCCCUUCUCACCGGAGUCGCCGAGCAAGGAUCUUCCCGAUGAAGGUACCGCGGAGAAAUCUAUCGCUAGUCCGGAAACUCCGGAGAAGCGUGUGCACACAGAUCUCCCUUCGUCAUUAGCUGACUCCGGACACUUCGAAGAUGGUUCCGUCCAUUCGAAAGACUCCAUAUGCCUGCCUGAGCCGCAGCCAGAGAUUACUGUUAGCACGACGACGUGUGCUAAUACGGUAUCCAAUGAUAUUGUUUCCGAUGUCAGUCCUGUGACACCAACAAGUGGUGUAGAACGAGACGAAGAGAGGCGUCGAUUAGUUAGUCAUUACGAAAAUAGAAUCGAGGAUAUGCAUAGGCGGCACGUUGACGAACUGCAAGAGCUCAAACAAAAACACAAUGAUAAGGUGGAAAGCUUAUUGAAUCAACUAUCUGAGGUCAACACUCGGUACUGUGAGGUGCGGCCGGCUGUGGAUAUCGCCGAGACUCGUGCGCGUGAAUUAGAAGUGGAAUUAGAGGCUGUGAAAACUGAGCUUAAUGAACAGAAAACGCUUUUGAAUGAGCAAGAAGAGAGAAAUAAACAAAUGUACCUGAAAAUGUAUGCCAAAGGUCAAGAAGCCGCGCGCAUUGAACAAGCCGAUCAGAUAUUCGUGCAGGCACAUCAAUCACCGCCUAAAGUCACCGUUGCAGAAUUACUUCAACAGCUAACUAUCACACAAGCUGAGUUAGAGAAUAUUAAGGACACAAGCUACUCGCCUGAACCUCACAUUUCAGCCGAACGUAGCCAAAGUUUAUUAAGCGCUCAGGAGGCUGUUUCUCUCUGGGUCCUUGGCACACGUAAGAUCGGGCGAUGUUAUCCAGUGCACUUGGAAGAAACAGCCUCUUAUAUCUUCGGGCAAUGCAAUGUAUAGGCGUAUUGUAGAGGCGAGAAGCAGUCAGGGUACUCUCGAUCCGGAAAUUACUCUUCAGUUCCUCAAGUCAGC